AUGGAGGACUUCUUAAGAGACAGCCCAUUUGACGAGUCGAGCACCACCGACUCCUCGAAAGCGAAGCAAUACGACUCGUACUUGAACUACUCGCAAGGCCAGGACGGUAGCUCGCAGGAUGAGUUUUCUCGGGUACAGCCUCAGACAGCAGACUCUCAGCCACAAACAGACCACUUUAGCUUAGACUUGAACCAGCAAAUCAAGGAAGAGUACUCCUCUCCAACCGUCACAUCACCUACAACGUUCCAGAGUCCGACACAGAGUGCCUCCCAAGGCCAACAGAACUUGAAUCCCAAUGACCCCUACUUCAGCACGUUUGAGUUCUUAUCUUCUCCUUCCCAACAACCGGUCAGUGAGUUCACCGCAGGAUUUGGUACACAGGCUGACCCUUUGCAGUUUAGCAUGAACGACAAUUUCACCAACUUGGAUCAGCUAGUCUCACCAGAGAAUAACGUCAAUGACUCGGGCAUCAACAUGUUCUCCUCUGCUCAAUACUUCUCGCCAAACACAAGAGCAAAUCAUUACAACCACUUGUCAGCAAUUGCCGAAGACAGCUUGCCAAACUCCUACCAAAACACUUUCAGUCCCGAACUUUCCAGACACGGAUCCGUCAGUAUUCCUCCUCUGGGAGAACCAUACGUGUCGCCACUGGCUAACGCUUUCUUGUCACCACAGUCCAGACCCCAAGAUGGCAAUUUUGACAAUCUAAGGUCACCAUACUCGGGGACCUCGUUUCCUAACUCACCACCCCCACCACUCAACUUGAAUAUGAGCAAGAGCAUUCCUACAUCUGUUAACUUCAAUCAGACUUCCUUCAACGAUUCCCAUACACAGCGACCACUGCAGCAGCAGUCAAUCGAGAACACAUUGUCUCCGCCUAGUCUGCUGGCUUUGGGUACCUCCGCUCCAAGUAACUCCAAGAAGUCUGAACCAUACCCAACUAGUGGUAAGCAGUUAACUCAAGAGGAGAAAGCCAAGCGCAGGAGAGAGUUCCACAAUGCCGUGGAGCGUAGGCGGCGUGAUUUGAUAAAGGAAAAGAUCAAGGAACUUGGAUUUCUUGUGCCGCCCUCUCUAUUGAAUCCACAAGUAUGCGCCGUGCAAAGUCUACUGAAGCAACCGCAUCAGAAUUCAGCGGAGAUGAAAGAGCUUCUUGCAACAGUCAAGGUGAGAGACUCGAAGCCCAACAAGGCUACUAUUCUUCUGACAUCUGUCGACUACAUAAUACACCUAGAGAAGGUGGCCGAGCGUCAAGAGCAGCGCAGGAAAGAAAUUGAGAGAGAGAUUGCAGAGCUUGAAAGCGGUGUUGGAAAGGUGAAGCUCGAGGACCCUGAUGAAACGUUGAAUAAUUCCACAGGACUUCCAGAUCAGGUUGGGCUUCCCAAUCAGGACACUCAAUUUAACCCCGACGACUUCUUUUCAGAUGUCAUCGCAGACAAUAAUCAGUAUAGCUAA